UUCCCACCACUCUUUCUCUCUCAUCUUCCUUUCUCCCCAAGAAACUUCAACACCUCCCCUUUCAAUCUUCCUCUAUAAAACAAGAAGCCUCUAUCCAUCUCUCCUCUUUCUCAUUUGCUACUCAUCCUUUUCGCCUCCUUUCCAUUAGACCACAUAGUUGGUUGAACUAGUUAGCUUCUAGCUACUAAUAUAAAAAAUAAUUUUUGAUAAUUAGAGAGAGGCAAAAAUGGAACUAGGGUUAGGUGGAGCAGGUCCAUCAAUGGUGAAGAGCAGUAAAGAAGAAGAUGAGGAGUUAGUUGAGCUGCCUCCUGGCUUCAGAUUCCACCCCACUGAUGAAGAGAUCAUCAUGCACUACCUCUUGCUCAAGGUCGUCGACCGCCGCUUCGUCGCCAAGGCCAUCGGAGAAGCCGAUCUUAACAAGUGUGAACCGUGGGAUUUACCAAAAAAGGCUAAAAUGGGAGAAAAGGAAUGGUUCUUCUUCUGCCAGCGAGACCGGAAGUAUCCGACCGGAAUGAGAACGAACCGGGCAACUGAGUCCGGUUACUGGAAGGCGACCGGUAAAGACAAGGAGAUUCACCGAGGCAGAAACUGCCUGGUGGGAAUGAAGAAAACUCUUGUUUUCUACAAAGGUAGAGCUCCCAAAGGAGAGAAGACUAAUUGGGUGAUGCACGAGUUUCGCCUCGAGGGCAACUUCUCCACCUACAACUUCUCUAGAGCCGCUAAGGAGGAGUUUGUGGUGUGCCGCGUGUUCCACAAGAACAGCGGGAUCAGAAGGAGCCCCGGCGUGGAGCUAACGAGGGUGGACUCGUUGUGGAUCAUCUACUAG